CGCAGGUGCAGCCCCGGUGCGACGAUUUGAGCUGGAGCGAAUCUGGCUGCAAGCGUUUUUACCUUCCUUCACCGCACUCGGGAUUACUUCGAGCUAGAAGACCAGUGGGAUGGGAACGAGCAGCGAGAAGUCAUAAAGGUCACAGCAGGCGAACAUUAUGGAUUAUCGGCGAAAAAAGAAGCUGACGUUCUUCACAAUAGGACUCAUAUUUCUUCUCAGCGGUGUGGAAUACGCUGUGAUAUUACCCACAAUAUGGAGGUACCUGCAGACCUUAGAUGCAGCACCAUACUUCCUGGGUUUGACCCUGUCAGCGUUCAGCCUGAGUGGCCUCCUGUCCGGGCCGCUCUUUGGCCACUGGUCCGACAGAACGAGGACCACAAAGAAGAUCAUCUUGUUGUCCAACAUUUUCGAGAUAGUUGGUAAUUUAAUGUACUUCAUGGGCUACUCCAAAUGGCUCCUACUGUCCAGCAGAUUGGUGGCAGGCAUUGGUGCAGGCGCCAGCUCCUCCAUAUUUGGCUUCCUGACCAGAAUCACUGCCCCAGACGACCGUGCCACUGUAUUUGCUGCUGUCAUGGCAUGCAGACAAGCAGGCCUUCUGAUUGGUCCAGCAUUUAACAUCUUUCUGAGGUUAUGUGAUUUCCACGUGGGUCCUUUUGUAGUCAACAAAUAUACUGCGCCAGGGCUGUUCAUGUGUCUUCUGUGGCUUCUCCUUCAACUGGCGGUGGUCUUCAUGUACUGGGACCUCGCGCCCCUGGAGAAGGGGAAAGCCAAGAAUAGUUUAGACAGCAAGAGCAGGGAGGAGGAGAAUGCGCAAGGGCUCACGGAAGGUGAGGAAGACAGCGACGAAGAAGAAAAGCCGCUAAUAGUGUCCCAGGAGCUGGUGGGGUCCUAUGGCUCAGUGGUGGUUUCCAAGAACCACUCGUCCGCUGCCUUUAACAACAUCUCGAAUCACGUUUCUCCACUGUCGUCUCCCGCGACGCCGGAAACCCAUGAGGCUUCCAGUCCCUUAAAGAAGUCCAGCUUAUGCCGAGAGUUCCUGAGAGAGGAGGUGGUCGUGUUGCUGGCUGCUCAGUUCAUCACCCUCUUCAAUCAGACAGCGCUGGAGACCAUGGUGACCCCGCUGACUCAGAAAUAUUUCAACUUUGGCGAACUGGAGAACAGCGUGAUGUACUGUCUGGGCGGCGUGGUGGUGAUCGCCGGCUUCCUGUUCGUGCGCUGGCUGAGCAGCCACGUGGCGGAACGGGUCGUCCUGGCCAUUGGUCUGAGCAUCUGCAACGUCUCCUGCGUCUGGUGCCUAGUCUUCCUGGCUAACCCGCUAGGUGGUUAUGCAUGGGAGCUAACGGAGUUCAUCAUUGGAGUAUUUUUACAGGUUUUGGGUUUACCGUUUGUAGCCGUUGCUCAGGUUUCCCUUUUCUCUAAAGUCACGUCUGAGAAAACACAAGGUUUCAGUCAGGGAGUACGACGCUCGGUCGGCGGACUAGCUACCAUCCUGGGCCCUCUGUGGGCUGGUGGUCUUACCGAGAACAUGUACAUCAUGAUGGGGGUGAUGAUGGGACUGCUGGCACUGUUGACGAUGAUGCUGGCUUUCUCGUAUAACCGGCUGGUGGAACCCGCUGCAGAGGAGCAGACGGACGAGUCGAUACAGCGGGGUUAAAUCUGCAGGUGGUUCACACGGGAAGAAGCUCAAUAGGAGUUCCCCGUCCUGCACCUUCAGUCCUUCAAAGGUCGGCUUCUCUGCAUCCGGACCAGUGUCUGUGUCUCAUUGUCAACACAGUUCCCAAAAGUUGGACUUUUUCCGGGCAGAGGCUGAUCAAAGGACUGCUAUGACGUGUUAUAUGUAAGGUAUAUUUCCCAUGGAAAUAUAGAAUCCGGCUGAUAACGGAUAAAUAAUAGUUGGAAGGAAGUUGUUUCCAUCCUCUGAAUCCACAUGGUGUAUUGUGCGUUCUAUUUGCUCAUGCAGUAUAAUUAAAUGUCUGUCGAUUAAGUUCGCUUCUGUUGUUUAGCUGUUGUGCCAUCAGCCGACAAUACUUUUUUUUUUUUUUUAUGGCAAACCGUUCUAAACAUGAGCUCUGCUGACCUCUUUGUUGGCAACCCUGCAGGGGGAAUCUCAAACUAUCAGAUGGUCUCCGUGUUGGUCUAGAGGCAGAGUUGUCAAGGUAGCAGACCUUGAACGCAUCUCACCAAAUUGAUGAAAGUGUUUUAACGUUGUAUUCAACCUCAAUGAAAAUCUCUGGGAAACAUGUAUAUGUGUUGUUUUUUUUAGGGUAAAAUUGUCAUAAAUUUCAUCACAGCAUCGUGUCUCAGCUGAUAAAUUCUACACACACUUAGAUUCAGUGGAAUUCGCUAACUUAAGUUGGCUAAUCGUCUUUACAUUUAAGCAAUAAGAUGUUUCCUGCUUUUAAAGAAGCAGUGAAAUACACACGUCUUUUCGAUUGUAACGCAGUCUGUAUUGUCACCACAUGUGGGCGCCCUUGCUCUUUUUCCUGAAGCGAUACGUCCUCAUUACUUAUGAGCAGCCCAGUGUUUGUGCACGUGACCUCAGUACGGAAACACAUUGAGGGAAAAUUGGGUUUAUUAACGAGUUUGUCACACAUUUUUUUUUAAUGCUUUAAGUGGCAAUAUAGGAACUGUUUUGUUUUAUUUUCAUUUUAAUUUCGUUUUUGACGAUGUCAAAUUAUCCGUUUCUGUUGUAUCUUUAUUAUUUGUUCUGGGUUUACACUCACAAGAACCAAAAAUACACAAAACACUGAGACUUAUUUAUUCAUUAUUUAUAAUGCAUGUAUUUAUUCGAUUCUUGUCGUUUUCUAACAUGUACAUUAUUACCUUUUGUAUUUUUUGUCUCUAAACAUAAAAGAUAAACCUCUACUCUA